CGUAUAUUGCUUGUCGGGAUGACGAUUAAACACUUGACGAUUUGUGAUGGAAACUUAUCUACCGUAAACAAAUAAACAAAUAAAUGUGAAUUUUUAUACAGAAAAUUAAGUUGUAACGAGGAGAUAGAUCAUGUGUUAAAUGUAUUUUAUAUGAAUUAUAAGAUUUCCCGGCACAAAAUAUAUGAAAAGGCCAUGACGUCCUUGUUACUUACCCAAUUACAUUUGUCGGAGGUGAAACAAGAUAUAUUUGUGGAAUUUGACUUAAUAUCCGGUGAAAACCUGAUAGCAUUGCACUGUUCCAGUAAUCAGCUUAUAAUAUUGGAUCUAUUAGAUUUAUCAACAGAGUUAACUGAUUUGCCAUAUAAUUUAUAUUACGUUAAAAUUCCCCAAACUUAUAACUUGGAACCACUAAAGAAAAACGAUUUGAAACAAUCUUAUAAUGAUUCGACUUUAUUGGAACAGCAUCGACGAGUAUUAGAGCCAACAUAUAUGGCACAAUUUUCUUGUGAACCUCCUAAAGUAAAUGCUUUGCAAUUUAAACGGGCACCACGGAAUACACCGAUCGGAAAGUCAUUUGCCGUUAUUGUAACCAAUAGUGGACUGUGUCGAAUAUUAAUAAAGAUGGCUGCUCCUAGUCGUCAUUGGAAUGAAAUAUGCAAUGUUAAUGAUUUAUUUUUUGAUGAAAAACUAUCUUCCAAAAUCAAGGGCUUCACAGAAAGUCAUGCUAUUGACUGCUACAUAACUGCAGCUGCUUGGCAUCAAAAGGAACCAUUAUUAUUGGUAUCUUUUGAGAAUGGAUAUAUAGCAAUUAUUUUGUUCCAAGAUGUAAAAAGUGCAAAUGUAAAAAAUAUUUGUAUUACAAAAACAACACUUAAAAAAAUAUAUGACAUACAUCUAUUUGAUAAUUUUUUGCUUAUUAGUACUAGAGAUGGUAUUUUGCAAUUAUUUUCAGUAAAUUUAAAUAUUGAUACGCCUAUUAUAACUCCUUUGGAAGAUUUAUGGAGUAAAAAAGAUAAUAUAGUUUGCAGCAAAGUACUUGUGAAUAAGUUUUCUGCCAGUAUAUAUCUGGUCGUUUUUAAUAAAGGUUCUAAUAUAAUCCUGUAUUCGUUCAAUACUAAAGGUGAAGUUAUGCACUGUAAAGAACUGUAUAUUGGUGGGAUAAAAGUAACAGGAAUCCAAUUCAUAUCUCCCUCUGAUUUUAUCGUCACAACCAUUACGAAUGAUUUGAGUUAUUUUCGAAUAAACUUUGUGGAUCGAAGUGAAUUUGAAAUAAUUGAACAUAAUAUUGAGACCAGUUUCAACAACCCGAACGUAGGAAUUCUUGGUACAAUCCCAUCAUCAAACACAAAUAUAUUGGCCUUUAUAUUAUUUCGUAACGGAGAAUAUACACAACAAUGUAAAUAUAUGCAUAAUAGUAUAUUUAUUAAUAUUGUAAAAUUGCAACGACUCGGCGACCCAAAGCAAUUAGCAAUGCCUAGCAAACAUGUAAUUAAUCCAUGUACCGAUAAUGCAACUAUCUUGGGAAUGGAUAUAUUUAAUAGUAUGGAAUAUGACAAUUACUGCCCUAUUUCGGAUAUCAUAAAUACUCAGUUACCUGCCGUUUUGGAUGAGACCUUUUUACUUCAACUUCAAACAAAAUUUGUAUUUGUUUCGAAUUUCCUAAGUUAUCAAAGGUUCAUGGCGAAAAAAAAUCAGGAAACCACUGCAUUUUCAUUAAAAUUUCUGGCACUUAGUAUUCAAAUAACUCACGUAAUAUGUCGGCUUAAGUAUUUAUUUUCUUUAAAAUCUUCAACUUUGAGUGAAUUUCAAAACGAAUCCAUUAAUGUUUUUUUAAAGAUGUAUAUUAUUUUGAUUGGAAAAUUCAAAAAGCUAUUAUUGCCGCAAAAUUUUGUAGAGCAAACAAAAGAACGAUUUUUGAAUUUUUUAACUAAAGAAUUUGAUGUGAAUACUAAGAACUGUAAAACACAUAUUGCCUGGAAAGAAAAGUGUUUAUAUUGCAAGAACAUAAAUAACCCCGAAACUAUGAUGUGUGACCAAACUCAUAAAGUAAAACGGUGUUAUAUAUCAUACAAACAGUUGCCUAUCAUAUCUUCUCGUUACUGUCCUCGAUGUCAGUAUUACGUACUGGAAGACUUUUCAUUACUACAACAACUCUUCCCUGAAAACGAAGUUAUUAAAUGUAUAUUUUGCCAUUUUGUUUUUACGAAUGAUUGUAUUUGAAAAUACAGAGUGUAAUUACUUUUUACCUGUACAUCCAAAAUAAUAAUAAACAAAGUUAUUGAAAAUUA